CCCCAAAAGCCUCUAAAUCCCUCUCUCAUCGUCUUCGGCACAGUACCUCCACCAUCAUCUGCUGAUUCAUUCGCUGCCACUAUUGUUUCAGGUUGUAUAACGUGGUGGUGUCCAUGUGUUACCUUUGGCCGAGUUGCAGAAAUAGUAGACAAGGGAUCCUCAUCAUGUGGUGCUAGUGGGGCUCUGUAUACACUGAUUUGUUGUGUCGUUGGUUGUGGGUGGCUAUACUCAUGCUUUUACCGCUCCAAGAUGAGACAGCAGUAUGGUUUAAAGGGGAAUGGUUGUACGGAUUGCCUGCUUCAUUGCUGUUGCGAGUCCUGCACCCUCAGUCAAGAGUAUCGUGAGCUUAAGCAACUUGGAUUUGACAUGAUUAUUGGGUGGCAUGGAAAUGUCGAGCAACGAAGUCGGGAAGUAGCCAUGACUGCUGCAACAGCUCCAUUAGUCGAAAAGGGCAUGAGUUGUUGAAUACAUCCUGAAUCCCUCUCUGCCACUAUUGUUUUCGUUGAUCCAUUCAUUCGCCGAUUCCGUUCCGUUUUCUGAUUCGUGUCGGUGAGUUUCAGGUGCGGGGAAAAGUAAGGGGUUCAAGGACGGUUUGGACGAAGACGGCCACGCGCCGUCGUCUCCAACGGAGGUGAAACACUCGGUAGAGCCUUUAAACACGAGGCGCAGAGGCGAGGAGGACGAUGGAUUGAUCCAUCACGACAGUGAUUCGAAGUCUCCGACCAACUGCCCCGUGAGCGUGUUGUGCGGCCCCGAUUCGGGGACAAAUUUCACCGGUAGCAGUAGCGGCGGUAGCAGUAGUAGCAACAACAACAGUUCCAACAGCGGCGGGUGUUGUUCCGGGAACGUCACUGAGGUUGAGGUGGAGGGAGAUGAGGGGUGUUGUUCCGGGAAGAUGAGGAAGGUGAUGAUUAAAAUAGAAAUUCAUUUUAGGGUUUUUUUUUCUCGACGGAAAAGGCCCAAAAAAUUGGUUUUAGGGAAUUUUUAGGGUAAAUUUUUUAACACAGAUGGGUAAAAAAUGCAAUUCAAGGUGCUUUCAGACGUUGAUGUGGUAGUGGAUAUCACUUCUUAA